CCCGUGGGGUUGAGUUACAAGUUUGUAAUACUAACAAAUAAACUAGUUUAUACGAUAUUAUAUUUAUUGUCAUAAUGAUAUCCACAAAGUACGUGUCGAUUUUUGUAUGCUAAACGGCAGUGCGUGUCAAUAUUCUGUGAAAUAAAGUAACCCUUGAAAAUCGGCCAUCGCAGCUAUUUUCAGCGAUAAUGGAAAUUGUUUUCGAUGCGCCUCGAUAAACGAAUAUGAUAAAUUAGUUGACAAGCUAUGAGCUCUAUCAACAGAGUGAACAGCAAGGUGGGCACAAUUAUUGAAUCAAGAGAAGGUGAUUUCGGAAACAAUUUCGAUACAACGAAUAACGGCUUUGGCAACGAUAAGAAGGAAUUUACUGGCGAUUUCAGUAGAACCUCACCUGGUAGAAGUCGUUAUGGUAGAACGAUAAAACCUAAGUCUCCUAAAAAUGAGAUUGCCAGCUCUCCAAAGAAUUCUAAAAUGCCAAAGGCUAAAAAAUAUCAAAAUUCAUCCGACAGCAGUAACGAAAGCACGGAUGAAAAUAUUAUAACCAACGAUGUGGAUGAUGCAAGCGAUUCGUCUACCAGUUUAAGCACCAUGGAUGAAGCUUCUAUGAAAAUGGUUGCUUCAUCUGUACAGUGCAAUUGGAUAUUAGGCCAAUUAGCAUGGGCUAGAGUAGGUAAUUUUCCUUUCUGGCCCUGUGUGAUAACACUUGAUCCAGUUUUAAUGACCUACAAUAAAUUAAAAGCCACUGCCAGAUCACAGAUAUUAAUGGUGCAUGUUCAAUACUUUGGUGACAAAGGUCGUCACAGUUGGGUCUCUUCAAAUUCUAUGAUACCAUUUACAAAUCUUGCUGACUUUAAGAAAUUGUCAGAAUCGAUAACUGCAGAAAUUAAGAAGAGAGAUCCAAAAUAUGCUGCUGCAUUUAUUAUAAAACCUGGAAUUAAGUCCAAAUGGGAAAGCGCGGUUGAAGAAGCUAUGGAAGUUCAACCAAUGAGCAACGACGAGAGAGCAAAUACUUUUAAACCAAAAGAAAAGAAUGCAAAAAGCAGAUCACCAAAAACACUCGCAUUAGAUGAAAAAGAUAAAACUAAUAAGAGGAAGUAUUCAACUGAUUUGAGUGGAUUGGAUAUUAAACGCAUUAAACGGGAGAAUGUAAAUGCAGACGAAUUAGAUAAGCCGCAGUACAAAACAGAUGGAACAAAAUCUAAGACUUUAAAGUAUGAAAAUGGUAAGAGUAAUUCGAAACUUAAUUCGGAUACUCCGCCGUUAUCUCCGCAAAGUCAAAAGGGCUUGAGUGACGAAGUCUCUAUUCCGCAAAAAGUUGACUGUAGGGCUGAAGAGUAUAAAAAAGGUGUUUUUGAAGUAUAUUAUGAACGGAACAGAGAUAUGUUGGAAGAUGAAUAUCCUGAUGCGACGGAAAAUGAUAUUAGAAAAUAUUUGAGGAAAACUUGGGGUACUAUGAAUUCUGCGUUUCGUAAAAAAUAUCGAACAUAUAUAUCAACAGACACAAGUAGUAGUAGUGUAAAAGAAAGUUCGUCAGACCAUGAAGAAGAUUUAUUGAUAGAUAUAGAUGCAAAUGUAAAAGACAACAAAAAGUCAAGAAUCAAAGUUGAAAAAGAAGAAACGAGUGUUUCGGAAACAAAGCGAAGUAGACCGUAUAAUCUCUUUAAAGGAAUGAAGCAAGAGAAAGUUUGCCAAAUUUGUGAAAAAACUGGAAAGUUAACUAGGUGUAAAGGUCCUUGCUAUUCAUACUUUCAUCUAUCUUGCGUAAAACCCGGAGAAUCUAGUCCAGAACAUUCCAUCGACGAGAGUACAAUGGACGAUAAGAUUCUCGAUGAUGUAAAGGAGAUUAAACAGAACAAUAUCGACGACGAUGAAUAUAAUGGCAAAAUCGAAGAACAAGAAGACGAGUUAUUCAAAUGUAUUGAUUGUUUGUCAGGCGUAGCACCCGCAUGCUUUAUAUGCAACGAAAGAGAAGGUGAUAGAAUAAGAUGUACUGUAUUAGCCUGUGGAAAACAUUAUCAUUCGUCUUGCUUGAAGUCAUGGCCGCAAUCUCAUUGGCAGGGAGGCCGUUUAACUUGUCCGUAUCACGUGUGUCACACGUGCAGUUCGGAUAAUCCACAGGAUAGUCAUUCGAGAACACCAAGUGAGAAAUUAGCACGAUGCGUUCGCUGCCCGUCAUCGUAUCAUACAUCUACGUCUUGUUUGCCUGCUGGUUCAAUGAUUCUAACCGGCAGUCAAAUAGUUUGUCCGAAACAUUAUCAGGCACCUCAUCCUCCAGUAAACGCAGCGUGGUGCUUUUUAUGUACUAAAGGUGGAAGUCUUAUCUGCUGCGAUACGUGCCCGACAUCUUUUCAUCUCGAGUGUCUAGGGAUUGAUGCGCCGGAUGGUGCAUUUAUAUGCGAAGACUGUGAAACUGGCAGACUGCCUUUGUACGGGGAAGUAGUAUGGGUUAAACUUGGUAAUUACCGUUGGUGGCCAUCCCGUGUUUGUUAUCCCCACGAAAUACCUGAAAAUAUAGAAGCUAUACCUCAUAGUUUUGGCAAAUUUUGUGUAAUGUUUUUAGGAUCAAAUAAUUAUUAUUGGGUUCACAGAGGUCGUGCUUUUCUUUAUCAGGAUGGUGAUGCAAAUAUAAAACCACCAAUUGGUAAAAAAAAUAAUAGAGACGGUACAUUUCGUAAAGCGUUAGAGGAAGCUAAUCAAAUUCAUCAACGUUUAAAAAUUGAAAGAGCAGCUGCAAAAGAUAAUGGGCCACGAGGCCUAAAACCUCCGCCUUAUGUUAAGCUGAAAGUCAAUAAACCGGUUGGUAACGUAAAACCGACAGAAGUUGAAAGUAUCGUCGCGUGCGAUUGCGAUGCGGAAUGGGAGAAUCCGUGUGCACCUGGAACAGAUUGUUUGAAUCGAAUAUUAUUAGUCGAAUGUAGUCCUGGCAUUUGUCCAGCUGGUCCAAAGUGUAAUAAUCAGGCAUUUGUAAGAAGACAAUAUCCAGCUAUGGAACCGUUUCAUACUACUGGUCGUGGUUGGGGUCUUAGAAGUUUAGAAUUAAUUACCGCGGGACAAUUUGUUAUCGAGUAUGUAGGGGAAGUUAUAGACGAGGCUGAAUACAAACGGAGGCUACAUAGAAAAAAAGAAUUAAAGAACGAGAAUUUUUAUUUUUUAACUAUAGAUAAUAAUAGAACGAUCGAUGCCGAACCAAAAGGCAAUUUAAGUCGAUUUAUGAAUCAUUCGUGUUCACCAAAUUGCGAGACACAAAAAUGGACGGUAAAUGGGGAUACGCGCAUAGGUCUGUUUGCGUUAUGCGAUAUAGACCCCGGUGAAGAAUUAACUUUUAAUUAUAAUUUAGCUUGCGAUGGUGAAACUCGAAAGCCCUGUUUGUGUGGUGCACCAAAUUGUAGUGGAUUCAUAGGUUUAAAGGUACAGAAAUCACAAGUAACGGCACCUUUGAUUCAACAAAAAAAGUUCGAGAAAAUAGACAAAAUAAAACGUCAGAGAAGAUCAAGGAAACAUGUGACUUGUUGGAGCUGUGGACAAGAAAUCGACAAGUUAGAAGAUUUUGUGGUUUGUGAUCAAAAAACAUGCAAUAAAAAGUACCACAAUGCUUGCGUAGAAAUUGACGGUACAGAUUCAAGGUUUAGUUGUCCUUGGCAUCAUUGCACGGAAUGUGGCCGUAGAACAUCCGCGCAUUGUGCAUUCUGUAGCGUUGCCUUUUGUCAAGUACAUCUUGACGGAAACUUGUUCGAAUAUGGUGAAAAGGGUGGUUUUGUUUGCAAACUUCACGAAAGUAUGGAAAUGCAAAGAUCAUCUAUCGAAGAUGAAAAAGAUUAUUCGGAUAAUGAUACCGAAACAGACAAAGAAUAUUCUUCCACAGACUCCGGUAGUCCUCUCGCAAUCAUGGAAAAAGCAGUACCACGUGAACCAUCGCCAAGAGUUUCCAUAGUAGAGGUUCAUCCAAGCAGUGAAGAAAGCGAAGAAUCUCAGAAAGAAGAUGACGAGGAUGUAAUACAAUCUACUGGUUUUAUGCCAUACGAAUAUAGUUUGCAAAGUAUGAAGAGAAAAACAUUACAUCGAUUGUCCCUAAGAUUAAAAAAGGAGGAGGAUCAAGUAGAAGAGUUAAAUAAUCUUACAUCUAGUCAACUAGAGGCCAUAAUCGGUGGCAGUCUGUUCGAGUGAACAGUGUAUCUUCUUAUUUACAAAACACUAUUCAUUUCUCAAUUAGACCAAUCGAAUAAAAAAUUUUAUUUAUCAUAAUAAUGUUCCAAACUUUCAAAAGUUCUUAGCAAUUCGUUUCCAGAAAUAUUAUUUAUCGAUUAACAUGAAUUUUGUUGUUUAUCUAAAAGUAAAACAUAACACAUCCCCAAAGUAAUCAUACAUUUCUUUUAUAUAAGUAUUCAUUAAUUGUAAUACGAGUAUUUAAUUUGAAAGUGUAACAUACUAAUUCAGUGCCUUGUCGAAAUUAGUUUGAACUCUUAUACAAGUGAACUUACAAGGGCCCAAUAUUUACUUUUAGAGAUGUCUAUGAGCCAGUUGAAUACUUUCUUUGUCCUUCGCUUUCCGUUCGAAAUUUGUAUUUAUUUUAAGAACAAUUUGCAUCGGCUAAGUAAUAGGUUAUCAGCCGCCGAAGCAACUAUACGUUCACACUGCCUUGUAAAUGUUUGAAAACUUGUAUUACAUGAAUUAUGUUAUUUUUAACAAUACUUAGGAUUAGUAUUAAGACGUCGAAUAAUCGAAAUCAUUACGCAUUAUCCAUAACGAUUCGUUUAGGUGUUUUUUGUUAAAUUAUAAUGUGCGAUAAAGGAAUUUUUAGACUUUUGCUUAAUUGUGACUAUCGUAAAGUGAAGAAUAAUCAAAUUUUGUUAAUAGUUUUUUCCUUAUAUAUAUAUAUAUAUUUAAAAUUGUACAUACGAAUUAGUGUGCUCGGUUAGUAAAAAUGUGAGACAAAAAUUGAAUGCAAAAAAAAACAGUUUUGUGUAAGAUAAGCGAAAAUGACUAUGUCACUUCCCAACUUUUAGUAUAUAUUUAGUACGAUUUUCUUAACCGUAAGUGUAAAAAAAACUUCAAAAAAAAAAAAAAAAAAAAAAAAAUGGACACAAGUACAUAUAACAUUCUCGUACGGUUAGUAUUUGUAAUUAUUUAUAAAAGUGUGCGUAUGUUGCUUGCACAUAUCAUGUGGAGUAUAUUAUUACUGUUGUUCUAAAGAAAUUUUCAAUAGCUCGCGCAAUUCAUUAUCGGAUUUCAAUACUACUUGCGGAACAAUCGCAAUUAUGUAGUUAAAAUUAUUUAAAAACAAAUGAGCACAAAGGUACAAGAAAAAGAAUCGAUAACGGAAUAAUAGCUUCCGCAAAAUUGUGAAUGGCAAAACGUAAAAAACGCAGAUAAAUAAUAAUAUCGAUUAUUAUUAUUGUUGUUGUUGUUGUUAUUAUUAUUAUUUGGAUAAUACUUUAUUUUUACAUUUCGAUAAUAUAAGUACAAAUUCAAUAUUAUCAAAUUUCUUUUUUGACGCCUGAUUAUUUAAUUUCAAUGCUUUUAUAAGUGAAACAUUACGUUACUUAUGCUGACUUUAAAACUUCCGCGUUGAGAAAUCUUAAUGCUUUAUGAAUAAGUUGGAUUAUAUUCACAAAUG